UCAGAACUUUUCAGCAUCAGAAUUCUCAAUACCAUGACUAAGUCAGAGGUGCAUUUCACCUAUUCUCUCCUGGCUGGUGCAACAUAUUAAGUUAUGAUGCAAGAGAUGUUUCCCCAGUUUGAGGAGGGCACUCGUGUCAAUGGUUUGGGGCAGCUCUGGACAUUGGGGAGGGUUUUAGGCAUGGGACGGUGUGCCAAGGUAUAUCACAUGUCAACCGACCAGGAGAGCUUUCAGGCAGCAGUUAAGGUGUAUCGUAAGGAGGAGAAAUAUCGGCUGGCUUUUAUCAAAGAGAUGUGUAACCUCAAUGCGGUCUAUGGAGACAGACGAGUCAUAACAGUUUAUGGCACUUUUACGCACAAAGGACACCCUUGUCUGGCAAUGGAAUUGCUGGACUUUAAUCUCAAGGAAUUCAUCUACCGCAGUGAAAACUGUCAAGUUUUUCUCUCCAGUAUCCCUACAACCAGUAUCCAUUCCAAAAACCACUCCAAGGCUGUAAGCAAAAUUGCAUACAACAAUAACAACAAUGAAACAACUAGCAGUACUGUAAACCACAGGGACAAUAAGAAAGGAAAAGGACAAAGUAACAAAGAGACAGUGACUACGGCUUCAAGUGAUAGGAGUCGUGGAAGAGUAAAGUUGACAGGUCUUACUGUGGGAGGUGCCAGGGAUGAACAUCGGAUGCAAACAAGAAGAGCAACGGCCCAACAAGCUGCCGAUUUGAGGAGCAAGAAUAAAGAUAAUGAUCUUGAUAGCAGCACCACUGUCAUCCCACAUACGGGUCAAACUAGCAGGACUCACUCAGGGAGUUUGAAACACAUCAAGAGAGACCUUGCUGAAGACAAUGAUGAUGGGGACAAUGAAGAGGAUGAUGAUGCUGAUGAUCACUCAGAAGCUGAUGAGGGAACGAGUGAGGAGCUGGACCAAGAAGAAGGAGAAGAAGAUGAGGAUGAGGAUGAAAAUUCUUCCAGUUAUGGUCUGUCACUUUACUUGAUUCAGCAGCUGUUUAAAGAUGUAGCAUCAUGUUUGGAGUUCGUUCAGAGGUGCGGCUGGGUUCAUGGUGACCUUAAACCAGCCAAUAUCCUUUGGAGCUCUCAGGAAGGUAGCUGGAAGAUUGUUGACUUUGGACACAGCUUUCAAGAAGGACACCAAGAUUUCAGUCAAAUCCAGAGCCUAUGUUACCAAUCCCCGGAGGCUAAGGUGUGGAAUAGUUUCGUGAGUAGCCUUGGCAACCAGAAGGUGGUCCACAAGAUGAGUGCUGUUGAUGAGGGGAUCUCUGAGUGCACUCAUGCAGCAGAUAUUUGGAGUGUUGGCUGUGUUAUUGUAAGGGCCUAUACCGGGAUGAAGCUUUAUGGCCAGGAUGAUGUCCUUCCUGGUGCCUGCUUGCAAUGUCAGAAAUCUUGUUCCUCCACUGUAUGUGAAUGUGAGCCACUGAUAGAAGCCCUUUUGAAACCAAAGAUGACCAAUCCCAAACUCUCUUCUAUCCAUCAAGCAGCUGUGCAUCACCUAGUAGAUCUUGUUAAGAGCAUGUUACAGUGUGACAUCGCCAAGCGUCCCUCAGCAUCUGAGAUCUUAAACCACCCCUUUUUCUCUAAUGAACUGACCCCAAGUGCCAAAGACCUUUUGCUUCUACCAAUGAGAACCCUUCGCCUAUCAAACCUUGCCUCUCCCUCUGUGGAUCUGACCAAUCAGAAAAUUUUUCAAGCUUUAUAUCAGGAUAUCAAACGUGAGUGCCUCAAAUUUGGACCAAUCAAAACGUUGAUCAUUCCUAGAGUAGGACCUGUAAAAGGAAUGGCCUUCAUUGAGUACGAGGAUUCAGCCAACGCAAAAUCGGCUCUCAGCGCCCUCAUUGGUCAGAAGCUGUUCAACCAACCUGUACACAUCUCUUUCUUUCCUGUGGCAGACUUCACUGCUAAACGAUUCUACUGAACCGUCAUCAGUGGUAGGUUUGUCUAGAAUUCCAAGGAAUGGAAGUCUAAUCUUUUAUAUGGAAGAAAUGAAGAUGACAGGCCUCCCUCACCCUGGCAGCUGUUAUCUACAAGGGUCACCAUUAGUUCAUGAUCACCAUUAUUUUAUCUAUUACUUCUGAUUAUAUUAUCAUUAUUACUGAAUGGUCAGGGUCUGUCUUGAUUCAUCAUACAGGUUGGCAACCGAGUUGGAGUUGUCGAUCUCAAUACGUAGACCUCGUCACGAUUUAACCCUUUUCACUUUUUAAAUUGUUUAUGAUGUUUUAACCUUAAUAUUAAAAAAAAAUGUUUUCUGCACAUACGUUUGUAUUGUAAAUUUCAAAGUUAUAUAUUUGUUAUAUUUUUGUGCUUGAAGUUCUAUUGACUUUCCUUUGCAUAGAUGCAAUCUUAUUAACAUGACAUAUAAUUGUAGGCUUUAACUUACAGUCAAAAAAAUAUUUCAAUGUUUGAAAUUAAAACGAGAGGAAGGAUAAUGCUAUAUUCUAUAAAUAUGACUUUUUUUCUCUAAACGUUAAUUGAUUUUUUUUUCAAUACAGGAAUGCAGUUUGAAGGUGUGUUGUAGGUUCAGUACAUUGCUCAUUAACUCAGUUGGGAUUGUUUUUAUUGUUUUGUUUUUUAGAAGUUUGCAAGUGAGUUGAUUUCAUAGAAGUUCAUCACUAAACUGAAAAGUGCAAGACUUUUUUUACAUUGUUUGAAAGAAAUUUUAAUAAUAGAAAUCAGUUUCAUUUUAUUUCUCUUUGUCCGUGAAAUACCUGUUAUGUGUGUGUCUUGUGUAUAUAUGGGUACUGUUAACUAUUUUUUUUACUGUCAACUAUUUUUUUACACCCGUGUUGAGUACAGGGUUGUAUCCCAUUUUUAGCAAUGUGUAUUCUGUUAUUUAUUUUGUCACAUGCUCUGAUUAUCUAUGUUGCGUGUUUCAGUAGUUUAUAAAAUUUUACAUAUUGCAUAAAUGGUUGUCACAAUAUUGAUGUGAGUUUAUGGGAAAGAGAUUGUUCUCACGAUUGAAAAUGGAAAUUACAAGUUAUAUCAGGAACUGAGAUUGGUUUAAGAAUUUGAUGUUGUUCCAGCGGGUCAUUGUAUAAUGUAUUCAAAUUUAUGCACGCUUCUUCCCGGGUAUACAUGUACAUUGAUGAAUUCUGUAUGUAUGAAUAACAAUAUUUUUUACAAUUAAUUUUAUUUUAGAACUGUUAUUCAGAAUGCACUUUUCAUAUGUUGGGUGACACAUCAUUUUUACCUGAGGGUUGUAUGACCUAGCAACAUUCAAUGACAGUACUAAUCGAAGUAGACGAGACUAAAAAUGUUAAUAUUGAGUGUUUUGGGAAAUUUGAAUGCAUUUUGAAUACAUGAAUUAUUCAUGUAUUUAAGUUUAUUUUUAAAUCUAACUUGGGAAAAUGAAGUAUUGAUCUUAGUGGUAAGUAUUGAAAUGCUACAGUUUAGAAUGAUUGGAAAUUGGGUUGGGCUGAAUUACAUUCCAAAUACAUUCCAUUUACAUUCCAGAGACAUCCAGCUUCUAAUUAACAUUACAAUAACCUGCUUAAGCCAGCCCAAUGAAAAGUUAUUAUCAAGUUGAUUAUAAUCAGUUCAUUACCUGGCUUAAGCAGGUUACUUUAAUGUUGAUUAGAAGCUAGUAAGUAGCUGGAUCAUCUCUGGAAUGUAUUUGGAAUGUAAUUGAGCCCAACCCUGUAGGAAAUAUAAGAUUUUUUCCCCAUAAAAACAUAAAGAGUUUCUAGGAAAAUAGAUCAAGCAAUAAACCAAUUCGUAUAUGUAUUCUAUUGAGCAUGUGCAGAGGGCAUUUGAACUACAUCUUAAACCAGCUGACAUGAAAUUCUUACCGCCCUUUCACACGGUAAAAAAAGUCGUAAUUUGAAU